AUGGAUGGGCCGAGGCCUGGAGCACAAAGGUUAGUUUUGGAGCGACCAUCUGGGGCUUGUUCUUAUGCCUUGGUGAAAAAGCCAGUGAGAGCCCAGAACACAACACAACCAAUUAGGAAGGCAGUAGCUGGAGGCCUGCUGGCUGUCAGCCUUCCACUGCUACAGAAAAAUGCUGUUAUAAUGCAUGGUUUAAAAGAGAGGAAAGGAAAAAAAGAGACAACGCUGGUUACAGGUCUGAGGGAGUCUAAUGAGAGAAAAAUACGAGAGACGGAGCUGACAUCAGCAGUGAACCUGAAGGCAUCCAGCAUCGGGAGCAGGUUAAGAAGAGCUGACUGUGGCGGUCAGGACACCUUCAUGGAAAAUUACUUCACCAGCCAGCGAGACCACAUCUUCCAUAACGCAGAGGUUUUGAUUUACGUGUUUGACGUGGAGAGCCGUGAACUGGAAAAGGAUAUGCAUUAUUGCCAGUCAUGUCUGGAGGCCAUCCUCCAGAACUCUCCUGAUGCCAACAUCUUCUGCCUGGUGCACGAAAUGGAUCUGGUUCAGGAGGAUCAGUGUGACCUGGUUUUUAAGGAGCGAGAGGAAGACCUGAGGAGUCUGUCUCACCUGCUGGAGUGUGCUUGUCUUUGAACAUCCAUCUGGGAUGAGACGCUCUACAAAGCCUGGUCCAGCAUCAUCUACCAGCUAAUUCCCAACGUUCAGCAGCUGGAGAUGAACCUCAGGAAUUUUGCCCAAAUCAUCGAGGCCGAUGAAGUUCUGCUGUUCGAAAGAGCUACGUUCUUGGUGAUUUCCCACUACCAGUGCAAAGAGCAGCGUGACAUCCACCGCUUUGAGAAGAUCAGCAACAUCAUCAAGCAGUUCAAGCUGAGCUGCAGUAAACUGGCCACUUCCUUUCAGAGCAUGGAAGUUAGGAAUUCCAACUUUGCAGCUUUUAUGGACAUCUUCACCUCAAACACGUAUGUCACAGUGGUCAUGUCAGAUCCGUCCAUCCCUUCUGCGGCCACCCUGAUCAACAUUCGCAAUGCCAGGAAACACUUUGAGAAGUUGGAGAGAGUGAACGGCCCCAAGCACAGUCUCCUUAUGAGUUGAAUAGUCCCAAAUGCUCUUUCUGAAAAUGCUGAAUUGCCUUUUUUGUUUGCAUCCUUUAAUUUUAAUAUUCAUAAUGUCGUGUGCUUAAAAGUGGGCUUUGAAGUGUGUGUUCCCUUCUCCUUUCAUCUUUUUCCCCUGCUCUCCAGUCUUUAAACAUUGGACACUACUUACCUACCCAGUAGAGCUUGAAGCUGGCUUUUCUGAGAAGAUGGUAUGGUGUAACACUAAAGUCGGUGGUUCAUGUGUGUUCUGAUUACCUGGUUAUAAUAGAUAUGCACAUCAAAGCCUUUACCAGUAUCUUCCUGUAUUCCGUAUCAGAUUGCAAAGAUGGAAUGUCACUAUUUUAUCAGCAAGGUAUUAAAAGGCAUUUAUAAA